AUGAGAAAAGUAUAUAUGAUUCAAACAACAAAAUUAUUAAAUGAAAUGCGCGUUGAACAUGCAUCUGCUCAUUCUCCCGCCAUGCUUGAUUCAGAGGAAUCAGAAACACCAGCUUCAGAGGAAGCUAACACACCCGCUUCAGAGGAAGCACGUCAAACUGCUUCAGAUGAAGCCAUUGCGCAAGGCUCGCAAGAAGCCACUCACUCUCGUUCGGCGGACGAGCCAACAACAUCCUACCGGGAAAGCGAAGACGACGCAUUAAGCUUGUUUGUGGGAAAUGAUUUUGAGCCAGCUGAAGCCGAAGAUCCCGAUAACGAUAGUCUAUUAGACUUAAUCGAUGAGUCUCUGCGACCGUCAGAUUCUUCUGGCGCUCCAUUUUCCGAAAAGGUAGCGAAACUGGUCAAUGACAAAUUUUCAAUUGACCUGGGCCUUGAGAAACAAAAAGAAAUUCAGUUUUUUGAGAAAUACAAGACGCCAUCCAAUUGCAACAUGUUUCAUGUACCCAAGGUUAAUGAACCUAUCUGGUCAAGCCUAAAAGAUUUUCACAGACAGCGUGAUUUACGUACCGCUGUUUUGCAAGACCCUAUUGUGCGCGUUACUAGCGCUUUAUCUAUUACAAUCGACGACUUAUUAAAAUGUCGAGAAACGAAGAAUGCAACCCCGGAUUAUCGAAACAUUGCCACACGGCUGUUUGACUCAAUUGCCUUAUUGGGGCACGUUAACUUGUUUAAACGCCGAGAUUCUCUGCGUUUAUUGCUCAGCAAAGAGCUUAAAUCGGCAUGCAAUCGAUCACUCCAACAAACCGGGCAGUCUCCUUUUCGGGGAUGA